GACCGCAAUGGUGAUAGUAAGAAGUGAACGCGAUCACACCACUGUCUUAAGGGCGCUAAUAGAUCCAGGGUCGGAAUCAUCGUUUAUAAGUGAAAAAGCAACUCAGUUACUUCAACUCACUAGAACAACAGCAAAAAGAAGUAUUAUCGGAAUGGGAUCUAUGAAAACGAAUGUAAACCAAGUAGUUCAGUUCAAAGUAGUUUCAAGAUACAAGUCGGAUUAUAGCAUACAAGUAGAAGCAUACGUCGUGUCUCAACAACUGACUGCUAAGAUACCCACAAAAUCACUUGCUGUUCAUAAUUGGCCACACCUAGAAGGAUUACACCUAGCUGAUCCAAGUUAUUGUACUCCAGGCUCCAUAGAUCUUCUUCUUGGUGUCAAAGAAUAUGCUAAAAUAUUACAAUCUGAUUUAAUCAAAGGUCCACCUGGCUCACCAUGUGCAUUAAAAACAGGUCUUGGUUGGAUUUUAUUUGGUGAGGUACAUUCUGGUGAAAAUUGUACUCAAGAAUCAAACUUUAUUUUUACACAUCAUGCAGUAGAUGUAGACGAAAUGCUGAAAGUCAUAUGGGAGGUAGAUAUGGAUACUAAAAGAAAAUUUACUAAAGAAGAGAGGCUGUGUGAAGACAUCUACGAAAAAACAUAUAAAAGAAAUGAUAAAGGACGAUACAUAGUGAAGCUACCAUUUAAGACAGAGAAUCCAGUUUCACCGGACGGAAAUACAAGAGAAAUAGCAUUGAAUAGGUUUUUACAAUUAGAGAAAAGAUUCAACAAACAACCACAAUUAAAAGAAAAAUACACACAAGUGAUAGAAGAAUACAAAAAUAUGAAACAUAUAGAAGAAGUACUAGAAGAAGAAAUACAUUCAAAAAGAUCAAUUUACAUACCACACCUUGCAGUCAUUCGUGAAGGAAAGGAGACUACUAGCACGCGUGUCGUUUUUGAUGCUUCAUGCAAAGGUUCAAACGGCAUCUCACUGAACGACGAGCUCUUAUUAGGACCAGUACUACAGGGUGAUCUUAGAAGUCUGUUGAUGAGAUGGCGAAUGCAUGCUGUUUGUUUCGUAUCUGAUAUUGAAAAAAUGUACCGAAUGAUUUUGAUAGCAAAAGAAGACAAAGACUUUCAAAGAGUUUUAUGGAGAGAUAAUCCUGAUGAACCUAUAAAAGACUACCGUUUUCUCACAGUAACAUUUGGGACGGCGUCAGCUCCUUAUCUUGCUAUCAAAACUCUCGUACAGCUAUCUAUUGACGAAGGUGAAAACUAUCCAAUUGCUACCAGGAUAAUUCAAGAGGAUUUCUACGUGGAUGAUGUUCUAUCGGGUUGUGAUAAUGUUGAAAAUGCUAUCGCAGCUGCCAAGGAGUUAAAAUAUUUAUUACAACAAGGUGGUUUUCAACUAAAGAAAUGGUCAUCUAAUAAUGCAGAAUUCAUGAGAUCUAUCAAACCAAGCGAAAGAUCCUCUAAUGUACACUUAGAUCUCAAUAUCGAUGGUACUACAAAGGCAUUAGGAAUCGCAUGGAACUUGAGAACUGAUAAAUUUGAAUACAAUUCGAGUACACAUAGCGAGUCAAUGAAUAUCACCAAACGUAGUAUUCUGUCAGAUAUUCAGAAACUCUAUGAUCCUUUAGGAUGGAUAGCACCAUUGUUGGUAAUGACAAAGAUAUUUAUACAACGACUUUGGCUGGAAAAGUACAGUUGGGAUGAAGAGAUAAGUCAAUCACUAAUAGACGAAUGGAGGACAAUAAAACGUGAUUUUAAGAACGUAAAUGGCAUACGUAUAGACAGAUGGUUACAUACAUUCAACAAAGAGAAAGAAUCUAUUGAAAUACAUGGUUUCAGUGACGCUUCAAUGCAAGCUUAUGCAGCCGUGGUAUAUUGUCGUGUUGUAAAUUCUGAUGGAACCAUAACAACCACACUUGUUGCUGCACAAACUAGAGUAGCCCCAUUGAAAACAAUAUCACUACCACGUUUAGAGCUUUGUGGUGCUGUCUUACUUUCAAGAUUGCUCAAACAAGUAACACAAGCAAUGAAAUUAUCUAUGUCCCAAGUGUUUACGUGGACUGAUUCCACUAUUGUCAUAUCUUGGCUACUUGGAGAACCCAGUAAAUGGAAACCCUUCGUUGCUAAUAGGGUGGUAGAAAUAAUAGAUAAUACCAACAACAGACAAUGGUACUAUGUGAAGUCACAAGACAACCCUGCUGACAUAGCGUCCAGAGGUAUGUAUCUUAAAGAUUUGCAAAAUUCGAACUUGUGGUGGAAGGGACCGAAAUGGUUGUCUGAACAUAAGAUAGAUUUUCAUAAGCCAAGUUGUACACAAACAGAUGAGGAAAUGAAAAAGGUUAUACACGUAAACUUAAAUAUAAAUAAUAAGGAAGAAGAAAAAGAAAAUCAUAUAUAUACACAAUUUGAAAAUUAUAAUACAUUAACAGAAUUGUUAAAAGUAAUAACAUUUUGUAAAAGAUUUCUAAAGUUUAGAUUGUUGGCAGAAAAUAUAAACAAUACUAUUACAACACAAGAAUUAGAGGAUUCAUUACGUAUAUGUAUACAAAUAAGUCAAAAAAUAGAUUUUGAAGAUGAAAUAGAAGCAUUAGAAAAGAAGAAAUCAGUAAAAAGAACCAGCAAUCUAAAAUCGUUAAAUCCAUACUUAGAUGAACAACGUAUUCUCAGGGUGGGCGGAAGGCUCAGACACGCUAAUAUCGAUGAAGAGAGUAAACAUCCAAUCAUAUUAAAUCAUAAAAACAGAUUUACAUAUUUAAUUGUCGCUGAUGCCCAUCGUAGAACUUUACAUGGAGGUAUACAAGUUAUGUUGACGUAUUUAACUUCUAAGUACUGGAUAGUAAGAGGGAAGGGUAUGAUUAAGGGAUACAUAAAUAAAUGUUUGAUCUGUGCGAGACAUAAAGUUGCUGUUAGAACCCAGAUCAUGGGAGAUUUACCUAAAGCACGUGUGACACCCUCUCGACCAUUCUUGCAGAGCGGAGUUGAUUUUACUGGUCCAUUUCAAAUUUUGAUAUCGAAGGGCAGAGGUAUGAAAACAAAUAAAGCUUAUAUUGCUAUAUUUGUAUGUAUGGCUACUAAAGCCAUUCAUCUGGAAUUGGUUGGAGAUAUGACGUCAGAGGCAUUCAUUGGUGCAUUUAAACGGUUUACUGCCAGAAGAGGAAAGUGCUCCCAUUUAUGGAGUGAUCAAGGGAGAAACUUUAUAGGAGCAAAUAAGGAGUUAGUAACUGCCUGGAAGGAUGCUUGUUUAGAAUUUAAAGGGGAAAUUGCUGAAUCUUUGGCGUGCGAUGGUACUCAAUGGCAUUUCAUCCCUGCUUAUAGCCCAAAUUUCGGAGGUUUAUGGGAAGCGGGCGUGAAAUCAAUUAAGUACCAUUUAAAAAGAAUAUUAACCAAUCACUUGACUUUUGAGGAAAUGACCACCAUUCUUUGUGAAAUAGAGGCGUGCCUAAAUUCUAGACCGCUCUGUCCGAUUGAUGACUCAGGUGACAUAAUUCAACCCUUAACACCGGGACAUUUCCUGAUAGGCGAAGCACCUAUUGUCAUUCCCAAUCCAGAUUUACAGCAUGUUAAAGUUAGUAACAUAUCCCGCUGGCAACAUACACAAAAAUUACUAAGAGAUUUUUGGAAUCGGUGGCAGAAAGAAUAUUUGUCUAGACUUCAACAAAGACCAAAGUGGCUUAAAAAAGAAAAGGAAUUUGCUAUCGGACAAAUAGUUCUUAUUAAAAAUGACCUACUACCGCCUGGUAAAUGGGCUCUAGGACGAGUGCUCGAAAAACACCCUGGAGAUGAUGGAAUUACUAGAGUUUACAGUGUGAAAAGUGGUAACAGUGUUGUAAAAAGAUCUAUUAGCAAACUGUGUUAUUUACCUGUGGACAUUGAAACUGAUUCUAAAUAAUGAACUUGUAUGUAGUUGUUAAUAUUUUAUAAAUUAAUUUAUAUACUACAAUAUUUUGUUACCUUUUAUAUUUGUUAUAUAUAUGUGCAUGAGAUAUAUUGUUAUUUGUUUAAAUUCUCGUUUAAAAAGACUUACAGUCAUUUUGGUGGGCGGCAUGUUAACGUAAUUUACUUAUAAUGUCAACAAUAGAAACAAACACUGGUUAACUUCAUGCCAUUCUAUUACUAUUGUCUCGUCGUAGGUUUAAAAGCAACAAUGUUAUGAAAUUGAAGUUAGUUGAAAAUAUAUCCAUUUCAGUAAA